CGUGAUUCUCCCGCCACACCUGGCAACCCGGAGCAGCGUCGGGCCGGGGGUUGCCAGGUGGGGCAGAACCGCGCCCGGCGGAGCUGCAGAAACAUGUCUGAGUUUGAUGAGACGGAGUUAAAGGAGGAAGAAAAGGUCCGUCCGCUGGAACACCGCGGGAAUCUGGUGGUGAAGUUACUCAGAACAGAUGUUGCGGAGCGUCGCGUCUUCAAAGAGGAGGAUGUUCCUCUCUGUUCUGACCCGGAACCUCCAGAGAAAGAAGAGGAGCAAAGGAAACCGUUCGUCUGCAAGUUCAGAUAUCAGCUUCAUCUCCAGGAGGAUCCAGAUCCCAUUCCGGGGAAGGAACAGAACCAGAAUCAGAGCCAGAACAGGGACUCAAACCCAACCAGAAAGACAAAGCAGCAGAAAAAGAGUCCAGCGUUACAGACCCGUUGCAACGCCGACGCAGCUAAAACGCCACUAGCAUGUGACCUUUGUGGGAGACAAUUUACGUCAAAGUAUAGCCUGAUAAGUCACUACAAAAUUCACACAAACGAGACGCCGCAUCCGUGUGACACGUGUGGAAAAGUUCUCCCGAGCAACACCAGGCUCCUUCAGCACAUGAAGAUCCACCAGAAACUGCACGCAUGUGAUAUCUGCGGGAAAACGUUUGCAGAAAAGUGUCACCUGAAGCUCCACGGCCGAAUCCACUCGGGCGAGACGCCGUACCGCUGCGACAUGUGCGGGAAAGAAUUCAGAUUGAAAGCCGGCUUGAAGGGCCACAGCAGGAUCCACUCGGAUGAAAAACCGUACCGCUGCGACAUGUGCGGGAAAGCUUUCAAGUGGAAGAAAAGCUUCGACAACCACAGCAGGAUCCACUCGGGCGAGAAGCCGUACGCCUGCCACCUCUGCCCGGAACGAUUCCACCAGUCGGACGCGUUAAGAUGCCACAUGUACAGACACACCGGAGAGAGACCGCACUCCUGCAAAACCUGCGGGAAAAGCUUCAGUAUGAAGGCGCACCUGUCCAGCCACAUGACGACCCACACGGGCGAGACUCCGUUCACCUGCCGGGAGUGUGGGAGGGGUUUCAAGUUCAAGGAGACGCUGACGCGCCACAUGAGGAUCCACACGGGCGAGAGGCCGUUCGUAUGUGGGACGUGUGGAAAGGACUUUUCUGUUCUGUUUAGUUUAUCGGAGCAUAUGAAGAUGCACACGGGGGAAAGGCCACAUCCCUGCGAAAUCUGUGGGAAACGUUUCGUACGUACUUGCAGUUUGAGUAGACACAGGAAAUGGCACCGUCGAGAAAAAAGUCGAAAUGCCGAGAAAAAAGUCGAAAUGUCGAAAUGUCAAGAAUAAUGUCGAAAUGUCCAAGUACAAUUUCGAGAAAAAAGUCGAAAUGUUGAGAAAAAAGUCAAAAUGUCGAGAAAAAAGUUGAAAUGUCGAGAAAAAAGUCAAAAUGUAUUUCAACUUUAUUCUCGAAAUUUCAACUUUAUUCUCGAAAUUUCAACUUUAUUCUCGAAAUUUCAACUUUAUACACAAAAUUCCACUUUAUUCUUGAAAUUGUAUUUCAACAUUAAUCUCGACAUUUCAACUUUUUUCUCGACAUUUCGACUUGUUUCUCGAAAAUAAUCUUCCCCUCUCAAAUAUCUUUUCUCCUGCAUGGCCUGAUACUACUGGUACUACUGUACCGUACAACUACUGAUUUCAACGGUAAAGUUUGGGGACGGAUGUCUUGAAUCUUGAAAAUCUGCAUCAAAUUUAAUAAAAUGCAAGACAAAGGACAGGGAAUUAUCCAUUUCUUGCUAGUUUUGUAGUUUUUUUGCAGUUUUUUUCUGGUUUUAUAGCUAUAAUUAAUAGUAAUAUGUAUUUUAUUGUAUAUUGCAUUAUUGCCUGUACAUGUAAUUAGUUUUGUCAUUUUUAAACAUAUGACUCCAAACAUGAUGCUGCAACGUCUGAACACCUUCAAAACGGAUUCUUAGCUCAUCAUUCAGGCUCGUUUUAAGGCUCUUGAUUUUGUGUAAAAAUACCCGCAGUUAAGUUUUUUGAUUAUUGACACCUUUCUCAUGUUUGCGGUCGACCCUAAUUUUUAUUAUAUUGUUGAAUAAAUCAGUUUUUUUGUACUGUGAUUUUAUGUCUAUCCAUUUUUCAGUUGCUGCAUUUAGCAAUUUAAAAAUAAAAUGUGUACUCUGUAAGUGAAAAAAAAGAUAUAAUAAUAAAAACCAGUAACUCGUU